AUGGCAAGGCUGAUGAAGCUCGUACCGGGGGAGGCGUCGCUGUAUGCUUCUAUCACACACACGCAAGCCGAGUCUCCAGCCGUGACUCUCACUUACGGUGGCUACAUGCCUCUAACUCGAGCUACGAGCACUGGAGCCGUGAGUAGCAGUGAAAGUAAUGGACUUAACAUCGUCGCGGCGAUUUUGGUGACCGCCUCCUCGAUGAUGAUCCUGCUGGCUCUACGUCUCUGGCUUUGCAAGUGCUCUCCUUCGCGGAGCUCUAGCCCCAAUUCCUCGUCCUCAACGAGCAGCGAUGGCUCCAAGAAGAAGGCCGGGGAUGGAUUGGACAAGGAGGAUAUCAACAAGUUUGCACUCGUGGAUUUCCAGGCGCUGGCGAGCAGCAAGUACGAGAAGACGUGCACGGUUUGCUUGUGCGAGUUCACCUCCAAGGACGUCGCGAUUCGACUCCUGCCGGGUUGCAAUCACUCGUUUCAUCCGGCUUGCAUCGAAAUGUGGCUCUUCUCUCACACUUCGUGCCCGAUUUGCCGCAAGAGUUUGCUACCCCUGGCUAUGGUGGCCAAGAGCUCGAGUUCUUCCAUACAAGAUCAUGCGCAAGAAGAGCACCAUCGAGGAGAGGAAGUAGGAGUUCUCGAUAUCAACAUUCUUUCGAACACCGUUGCUGGGCUGAAGGGGCCCAGACUUUUCCACACAGAGGACGAAUCAAAACGUCGUUGGCUGUACCGCAAAGCUGUGGUCUCGUCCGUUUAUCAUUCAUAUCAGGGACUCCUCCUAUCAUUUUGCCACCCUCCCAGACAAAUGCUGCUGCUAGAUCAUGAAAGUAAUCGCGAAUGGUCAAAAAAAACCCGUGAUGGUGUCGUAAUGUAUAAAGCUUGCCAGAAGGAGAACCACAGUAAAAGUAUUUGA